UAUAUACAUUUUUUUAUUACUCUACAUAUUAAGAAUAUUAAAUAAGAAAAAUGUAAUAACACAUACAGUCCACUGAGCAUAAAUAUGUAUGUUCAAAUAUAUUUAACGAGCAUACAUACAUACAUACAUAUAAUACAUACAUUUAUAUAUACAACGUACAUAUAUUUAUAUGAGGCACGCAUGCAUCUAUAUGCAACAUGCAUGCACUCAACAAACACAUUUAUAUGUAUGCACAAGAUAACCUAUUGGUUAUAAAAAUACAUUUGGGCAAUUGCUUGUUUGCAUUUGAAAUAACCCCUUAUCGUGCAACAUAUAAAAUAUACAUAUAGACAUACACACAUACAUAUAUAAUUAGUUCUUAAGAUAAUUCUAAAAUUUGUAUAUAAGUAAGUAAAAAACCAAAAUAAAAUCAGAAUGAAAUAGUUCUCACUCAAGCUUGGUGUUUCAAAUAUUUUCCCCGACCCGCGGUAAGAGGUAUUUGAAAUCAGCUUGUUUUAAACAUUUGGUCCUUCGAGCCGGAUAGAGAGAUCCGGAGCCGAAGAGAGAUCCAAUUAAGAAGGCCUGCUAUUAGAAUAUAGAGGCACCUAUUACAAAAUUUGGUCUUUAGAGCAGAAUGUGAGCUCAGACAAAUAAAAAGACCUGUAUAUAGAAGAAAUACAGGCAAGAAAAAGUCCUAUACAUGAAUUAGGCAAAAGACAAAAAAAAAAAAAAAAAAUCAAUUGAAAAGAUUGUAUGUAAAACGUAUUUGCGAGAGACAAUACGCAUUAGUUAACUGUUAUUCAAAGAAUUACAGCAGCUGUGAGUCGAGGCACAGCAAGAUCAACAAGGCGAUCGAAACAAAAAUCCUCAAAUUCUUUGAAGAAAAAGAACAGUUUGUUUUUUAUAAAAUUUUAAUAUAAAAAAAAUAUAUGGAAGUAUACCGCAUUUAUUGUAGAGUUGGGAGACAACAACAAGCAUCCAAAGGAAUGGAUACAGCGGCAAGAGCGUAUAGCCCAACCGAAAAGGUGGCAGACCAUUUAUUGCAAGCAAUUGAAAAAAGAUCAGAAAGAAUUAUAUCUAUAAUUGCAGAGGUAAAAGCAAAUAUAUAUAUUGCUGACGAAGCUGCACUUGAAAGGUAUGAAAUUCAAUUACAACAUUUUCAAAACCUCGUGGAGCAAAAUUUGGAUGAGUUAUCAUAUAAAUACGACGAGAAAUUUAUUUAUAUUGAAGCAGAGGAAUUACUGAUUGAAGUCGCCGAAAUUGUACGAAUGUUGAAAAUGCAAAGGGAAUUAUUCAACAUUAAAUUUUCGAGCCUACCUUUUAAGGCUCCAGCUACUAGUGGUUUUGACGCUGAUACAAAGGAUAGUGUCUUUGGUCAAACCAAUACAUAUGACUCAGAUCCAGAAAUGCAAUCAAAUAAAUUUUCGAGCCUAAUUUUCAAGGCUCCAGCUAACAAAGGUAAGGUGGAAGCUAAUAGUGGAAGUACUUUUGGCACCGCUACUACAGUUGGGUCCAAGGCAUAUGACGAUGGAAAUAUGCCACUGGAGAGACUUGCCGGUAAUGAACAACCAACUAAUGACAAAUACACAUUGGAGAAAGUCACCUACCCUUAUGGUGAUAACCCAAUUACAAAGGACCUGAAAAGAAACGACGACGCAGAUGCAUUACAUGUCAAAAAAGUAGCAACACAGAAGGAAGAUGUUACUACUUCUUCAAAACGUAUCACUGUUCACAGCGAAAUUUCGUUUCCGCAUUAUAUGCUGUCAGAAAAAAUGUUCAUGAAAGAAGAACUUAUUUCAGAAAGUUCUUUAGCAGAAGAAUCUCAUGAAUUUCUUUUAUCUGAGGAAAAAACAAAUAAAUUGGUUGAAGAAGAAGAAAAAUAUACACAAGGAGUUAUUACUGAAAGUAACCAAAUCGAAGAAAAUAUUGAAGAUAAAAAUGUCCAGCAAUACAGAAGCAAAUCGUGCAGGAGCUGGAGAAUAACAAUAACACCGAUUGUGGCAACGAUGAUUGGUGGAGAUAUUCGUGGUAAGAAGAUACCAGACAACAAUACAACAUAUAGGAGGAAAAAUAACAUGCUUGAUUCACGAAUGAAAAAGAAAUACCACAAUGUGAAAAAAUUAAUAUAUAAAAAUAUGAUAACAUUACUGAAGAAAAGAUCCAAUGCGUUGGAAAUUGAUAAGAAGACAUUAUUACAAUCUACAAGGAAACGUCGAGAACCAUUUGAACUUGCGAAAUACAAUCAACAGAUUUUGUUUGGAAAAGUGGAUGUAGUAACAACCAUUUGGGAGUUACUAAUACCAUGGCAACUUAUGUUGGAGCAGGAGCACGAUGCACUAACCGCUACAAAGUCGUUAUUCUUGCGGCUUCACAAAAGUAUCACACACAAAUGUUAAUUAGGCAUCGGUAACGACGAGGCGACGAUUACAAACUGAGGUCA